AUGGGUCGACUACUUUCUAUAGCCUCAUUUCUACUAUUACUACGGACCGCGAUUUGCAUACCUCCGCCACCAAAUGUCGAGCAACAGUACGAGUUCGCGAUCCCCGACCUGAACGUGUCGUGCAUCUGCGAGUGUGAGAGCAGCGACAAGUGCAACGCCGACCUCUACGAGUACAAGGAGUGCCCGAGUUUCAAGAAUAGCCCGACCGUCUCCUGCUACCGUACCUUCUUCACCUCACAGUCGUCCAGCGGCUGCUCCUCCGGCGACACCCCAAAUUUAUGCUGUGAGGUCGAGCUGCGCCCGUGGCAAGACCGCAGCUUCACCGCCAUCAAGAUCAAGCAGCCGCAGACGUUCGGCACGUUCGUCUACACCGCCUACGAUUUUCAGGGUGUAAUGUACAACGUC